CGAAAAGGAUAAUUAAAAUUAAAGAUAAAAGGAUAAAUAAUUGAUUUUUUUUUGAAUAUAGUGAAAAAAAUUUUGUAAACUUAGUGAAAAAAAGUAAUUAUUUUUUCAAUUUGAAAAAUUUAUUUUGGAUUAUAAGUGAAAAAUAAGACUCAUAAAGGAUUAAAAAAGAUUGUAUGAAAAUUGGGACUUAUUAUUAAAAACAAUUCUGAAGGCGAACGCAAGUGAACAUUUCCACAUUAUUGAAUAAAAUUGUAGUCAAAAACAAUGAAGAAAUUAAUUACUUUGGUAAUAGCCGUUGUAGAAGUGGUGAACUCUGUAAAAGUUUCUACAGCUAAUUAUAACAUAAUUCAUCAUUCACCUAAUAGAAGACACUUUGCUCAUUCAACCGGCUCUUCAAAAUAUUAUUUUGGACCAAAAUCAUUUUAUAGCAUUUCAACACAAUACAACCCAUUCGGACCAUAUGCAAAUUCUAUUUCUAGCCCAUUUGCAUCACCAACAAACGCCCAGCCAUUAACGGCUCCACAACCUUCUGGUGGUAUCCAAUGUGCAGCUCCUCCUUUUACAUGUCCUAAAUCACCUUAUAGAACAUUCGAUGGAUCAUGUAACAAUUUGCAAAAUCCAGUUUUGGGAGCUGCUAUGACAAGAUAUUCAAGAUUGUUAUCUGCAAAAUAUGGUGAUGGUCAAUCAACACCAACACGAUCUGUAACUGGAGAAGAUCUCCCAAACGCUCGUUUAGUUUCGUUAGUCGUAUUUGGUGAAGAGGACGUUCCAGAUCCAGAGUUUACUUUGCAUAAUAUGCAAUGGGGUCAAAUAAUAACCCAUGAUAUGAGUAUGCAAGCUGGUGGUACGCAAUCAAAAAAACAUUCCACUCAAUGUUGUACCGAAGACGGUCAACUUAUUGGAAAAGGUGCUGCUCAUAAAACUUGUUACCCUAUUAUAAUACCUCAACAUGAUCCAGCACAUUCACAAACAGGAACACAAUGUAUGGAGUUUGUAAGAACAUUAACUGACAGGGACGUAAAUUGUCCUGAUGCAACAUAUCAAGCUGAACAACUAACUGUUGUAACAAGUUACAUGGAUUUGUCUUUAGUUUAUGGAAAUUCAGUCCAACAAAAUGCUGCGCUUCGUACUUUCCAAGGUGGCAGAAUGAUUGUUGAUGAAAGAAACGGAGCUGAAUGGUUACCACAAGCUGCUAAUGCUACGGCUGAAUGUGACGCACAGAUACCAAAUGAAAUUUGUUAUAUGGCAGGUGACACUCGUGUAAAUCAAAAUCCCGGUUUGACUGUUUUACAGACAAUACUUCUAAGAGAACAUAAUCGUAUAGCUGAUGAAUUAUCUAAAAUUAAUCCACACUAUGAUGAUGAAACUUUAUUCCAAGAAGCUCGGAAAAUAAGUAUUGGACAAUAUCAACAUAUUUCAUAUUACGAGUGGUUACCCAUAUUCUUAGGAACUGAGAAUAUGUUGAAAAAUCGCUUGAUAUUUAAAACAGGGCCAGAAGGUGCAUUUAUAAAUGAUUAUGAUCCAUCAAUAGAUCCAUCAGUAAUUAAUUCGCAUGCUACAGCUGCUUUUAGAUAUUUCCAUUCGCAAAUUGAAGGAAGAUUAGACUUGAUAACAGAACUAAGAUCGGUUGUUGGAGCUUUGAGAUUGAGCGAUUGGUUUAAUCGUCCUGGAAUUAUUGAAAUCAAUGAUAAUUUCGAUGAUUUAACCAGAGGACAUGCAACACAACCUGAAGAGUUAACUGAUAUUAACUUUGACAGAGAAAUUAAACACUUCUUAUUCCGUGGUAAUCGACCAUUUGGAGCAGAUUUAAGAGCAAUUGAUAUUCAAAGAAAUCGCGAUCAUGGAUUAGCGUCUUAUAAUGAUUUUAGAGAAUUUUGUGGUCUUCCGAGAGCUUAUAAUUGGGAUGGAUAUUUAGAUUUGAUUUCACCUAAAAAUGUUGAAAACUUAAAAUCAUUGUAUGCGAGUGUCGAUGAUGUGGAUGUAACUGUUGGCGGUUCAUUAGAAACUCAUGUUGCUGGUGCUUUAGCUGGUCCUACAUUUUUAUGUAUUUUAACUGAACAAUUCUAUAGAACAAGAGUAGGAGAUAGAUUCUUCUAUGAACAUGGAGAUAAGGAGACAGGUUUUACAACAGCACAAUUAGCUGAGAUUCGUAAAGCAAGUAUGGCACGAUUGUUGUGUGAUAAUGGAAAUCAUAUUUCAUCAAUGCAACCUGCGGCUUUCUUAUUAGUGUCGAAAUCAAAUCCUGUUAUAUCAUGCUCAGACAUACCAUCUGUUGAUUUAAAAAUGUGGCAAAAUAUACCAUUUGAAAAGCAAUAUCUUCCUUCACAAUUCUAUUCACCAACAUCACAUUAAUUUUAGUGAAUUUUCAGUGUUCUUAAUAUUAAUUUAAAGACAGGAACUUUCUUUAUAUUAUAAUAUAUUUAUUUAAUUUUAAUUUUGUACAGUGUUUUCUCAAAAUCUAAAAAGUUUACCCUCAUAAGUAAUAUCCAAAUUGCACUAAAGUUAAAUAUCACAAACAGAUUCUUACUUUGUUAAUAAUUAAAUUAAUAGAUUUAAUAAUUUAAGAACAAUCUAAAUUUUAAAAUAAAAUUACACGUUUCGAUCGUUCAUUUAUUAUUCAAAACAAAUUGAUAGCUUUCAUAUUUGCAACACUGUUUUUGUUUUGAGAAAAAAAGUGUUUUAAAAUAAAUUCUUUGUUAAAUUUAUCAUUGUAAUUUGUUUUGCCAUAAGUAAAAAUUAUUAUAAAUAAUUAUUAAGUU